AAUCAGCAUUUUGUUUCAUACAUUUAAGAUUCCUGUCUCUCAUUGAUCAACCUGUUUCUGUGCUUCAUUUCUUCACACUUUGGUGUGCAUUUUAUUACAGUUACUCAAACAGAAGCGUCAUCUUGGACUAUUGAUGUCCCAUCCUCAGUAAAAGGUCUCCUUGGCUCAUGUGUGGUGAUCCCUUGCUCUUAUAACUACCCAAAUGCAAAGGUCCAAACAUUCACAGGGAUUUGGACCAAUGAUGGGAAUCAAGUCAUCUAUCAUCCAACUGAGUCUAAAAUGCUGGAGCAAUAUAGGAGACGAACAAAACUUCUUGGAGACAUCAGCAAGAGUAACUGUUCUCUGAUGAUUGAAAAUCUUCAACAAAACGAUGGAGGGCCUUUUCACUUCAGGAUUGAACUUGGAGGCUACAACAGUUUUUCCUACUUAAAUAAGAAAGUCUCCAUUUUAAUGAUUCGUGAACCAAAUGCCAUUGAUUUUUCUGCGCAUGAGGACAUAAAGGAGGGUCAACCUGUGUCUGCAUCCUGCUCUGUGUUUCACUCCUGCCCCACAUAUCCACCAGCUUUUCACUGGAGUCACUCUGGAGAGCAGCAUUUUCAAGCACAAAAGCUUCAUGAUGGCCAGUGGAAGGCAACAUCAAUUUUAACGUUUCGCUCAAACCGCACUGAUCACAACAAACUGUUACAAUGCAGAGUUACAUACCAUGGAGGAAAGCACCAAGAAACAUCCAAGACCCUUAAAGUAAAAUAUGCUCCAGUGAAUGUGAAGGUUGAGUACCAGUCAGAUGUGAAUGAGGGAGAAACUGCACACCUGAAGUGCUCCAGUGAUGCAAACCCUGUCAGCAGCUAUGAGUGGCACAGUGAAACUGGAGCUCUGCUGAAUAAGGGACAAACCUACACAAUGUCAAAUGUGUCCAGACACUCAGAGGCCGUGUACUGCACUGCUGUCAAUGAAGAAGGACGAGUCAGAUCAAGCACCGUGAAGCUCAAUGUGUUAUAUGGCCCUGUCAUUGAGACUUACUCUAAGUGUUCCUCAUAUAACGGCAUAGUAAAGUGUGAUUGCAUCGUACAGUCCAAGCCUCCCAGCAUGGUCCAUUUUGUUCUUGGUGACAGAGUUGUGCAAAGCACCACAGUAGAGACAGCUGGCUCUGUUACUACUGGGACUCUGCAGACAGACUUUGGGUCCUUUAAGUUUGUUCACUGCCUGGCAAACAACACGCUGGGAAAUGCUAACCUCACACUCUCUUUACCUGUUAAUGACAACAUGCAAUAUAUCUUUAUUGCCUCUGGAACAGGCGUCAUUUUGCUCAUUAUUUUGAUAGCCACUGCUGUUGGAGUUAAAAAAUGCACGCGGAGAUCAGGAGAGACACCACCAUCUGACCUGAGCACAAUGAAGUCAGAGAGACCUGUAGCGAUCCCUCAUUAUGCCCCAGCAAAAAGGAAAGAGAACUAUGAGGAUGCCCAUUACACCAAUUAUCAUGUAUAUGGCAACGUAGGGACUGACUUGGAUGAAUCAGUAUAUGCCAAUGUGUAACAUCUGUGAAAGACCAGCUGCAGUCCAUGUUUGUGUCUUCAGAUGGAAGUCAAGGAAAAUGUUAAAAAAAAAAUCCGUAUGCUAUUUUCAUCUUAUAUCACAUAUGUUAUUCCAGUUGUUCAUUAAGUGUUUUAUCAUCAGUCUCCUCCCAAAGUAAAGGGAGUAUGUAGUUGAUUCUGUCUGUCUGUCUGUCUCAUCUCCACUCUAGCUUCCAGUUUUAAAUAUACUAUUUGCAAAUAUGUGUGAUGGUAGAUACCAAUAAAAGCACAAGCUGAUUUCAUUUUUGUGAAAAUGGGGUCAAGGUCAAACAAAAUCGGUUCCCCAUCUAAUGAACAUUUCUGGACAGCCAUCAUUCACCAACUCUGUACCAGAGAGCCUCUUCUAUGCUUUUCUCACCAACCAGCUGGAUUAUGGUAAUGAGAUCCAGGAUUUUCAGCAAAGACCUGGACAUGCUGUCGUAUGUCCAGAACUUUGCCAGGCUGCUGACAUGCACUUAGAUCUGGCAACAUAUCAUCCCCAUGCUCAUAAAUCUCCACUGUCAUACAGUGCCACAGUGUCACAUGAUCCAGUGACUGAAUUCACUGUGGACAAUUUAAUCAACACAAAAGCUCCACAAGAAGAAACUCAUUGUGAUGAGUGAAACCCUUACAGGGUUAGUGCAAGUACUGUAUGUAAGUAAAGGCAUUUUGCUCUCUCAGCUUGUGAAGAGGAGACAU